AUGCAGAAAGAAGGAUCAUCGCAUUCAGGUGAGGAUGAUAAUGAUGCAAGUCUAACUGAUGAUAUGACUAUUACUGAUGAUAUUUUAAAAACAUAUCAGCCCGAAUACUUAAAAACUUGCAUUUGCGUUUUAGCCCUAUUCAUAUCGUUAAUGCUAAAUCAGUUGGCUCUUUGCAUUGCUCAUGAUGUUGUCAGUAGGGACGCAGUACCUGACUUGGUAUUUGCAAUCAUACCUGAACAAGACUGGGCAAUGGUACUGGGAGAUGUGCUUUGCAGUGUUGCUGGCAUUGUAGCCCUUGGGUUUAUCACCGUAUUUCAUCGUUAUCGGUUUAUUGUGCUACGUCGAUUAUUGUUCACAAUCACAGUUUUAUAUACAUUUAGAGCUGUUUGCUUGGCAGUCACUCGCAUACCUGCAAGCUAUGACAAUAAUUAUCGCAAAUGCAAAGAACCAAAUCAUGAAGCGACACCCUCAACUGUCCUACAGCGAUUUUUCAAACAUGCAUUUAAGUUUGGGUUACAAAUCAGCGACAAUGGUAAACUAAUCUGUGGUGACCUUCUUUUCUCGGGUCACACCAUCUUUGUCUCCACAACAACUUUUUAUCUUAAUCAUUACUCACCGCAUUCAAUUUGGCCUUUAAGGUGGUGUUUAAUAAUAACAUGCACCGGUGGUAUGAUAUGCUUAUCUAUAUCACGGACCCAUUACAGUGUUGAUGUACUAAUUGCGUACUGGCUCUCUAGUUUCCUUUUCAGUAUUUAUCAUUCAUUCGUUCUCCUUCCACACCGUAUUCGUGUUCAUACACGAGCUUACCGUCGUUUGUUACUGUUUUGGACAAUGUAUGAAUUGGAAGCAAAUGUACCAUCUGGAAGGGUUCCUAACGAAAUUGAAUGGCCUUUACCUUGGCCAAAAUGCCUGAAAAAAUGGGUGGAAAACUGGAAUCGACUUGAUGCCCAUACAGUCGCAGGCCUUGUAGCGGAACAGUUAGACGCUCACCGACUUAAAACACAUUUAUAG